GCUACUGGUGUCACAGCAUCAGCCCUAUCAAGGCAAUCUAUCCUCACACAACUGAUACGACACAGCACGGCGGGCACCAAGCCCAGCACCCGCCACCGUGCUCCGUCCCAGCCGCAAUCGCGCCUACCACUCCAAUAAAUGGACGGGUUAACGCAGCCUCCUCCCGCUGCUUCUGCAAUGCGUCAUCAGCCAAUGACGGCGGCGCCCCCGACAGGCGUCACGGCCGCAGCGCCCCGGCUACUCGCAGUGGGGCCGCCGUCCCUGCCGCCUGCAAACGUGCUCGGAGCCCGCCGCCGGCCCCCUGCAGCUCUCGCGCACGCUGCGCUGCUGGUGGCGCUGGUGGCGCUGGUGGCGCUGCUGGGCGGCGCUUGCGCGUCCCGCACACCCACUGUGGGCGCAGACAGCUCGGUCGAUGAGCAGGCACAGGCCCAGGUCCAUCAGCAGCAGCAGCAGGAUCUGCGGGUGCAGCCUGGCCAGCAGGCGGGGGCCGCGUUCCGCGCAGCUGACGGCGGCGGCGCGGGUGCUGCCGCUGAGACCGCCUCCACGGCUAAGGAUGUGCCGCGCCGCCGCCUGCACUGGGGAUGCAGCCGGCCCGGGGCCACCUGCACCUACACCAGCCAAACACUGCUGGGCGGCAAGACAUCCGUCACAGUGACCGGCGGUCCCGCCCCUGGAGCCAAGCCGCCUGCUUCCUCGCCCAAGCCGCCGCCCGCCCCCGCGCCGGGCCCCUCCACGGUCCUGGUCCGGCCGCCGCCCCAGCAGGUAGUUGUCAACAUCAACAACUACGACAAGGACGGGAAGCUCAAGUACACCAACAGCACGGUCAGCAUGGUGCCCGGCCUUGGCUCGGCUCUGGCCGGUGGGCGGCGCCAGCUGCGGCAGUUCUGGCGCUGCCAUCCGUGGCUGGGCCCGGGCUGCAAUGUCCAGGUCAGCGUCACGUCCACCAGCGCCGGCGUCAGCCGCAGCGUCGUGGUGACCCCCGCUGGCGGCGGCGGCAGCAGCGGCGGCAGUGCCCCCAAGCCCUCUGGUCCUGCUUCCCCCGCGCCCGCGCCCGGGCCGCCCACAGGCAAGCAGCAGAUCAUCGUCCUGCCGGCGGCCCCGGCCGUCACCGUCAACAUCAACAACUAUGAUGGCAGCAGUGUUAAUGUGCCCGCACCGCUGCCGAGCGUCAGCGUUGGCAGCGCCCCCCCUGCACCCAAGCCGUCGCAGGGCUGAGUCCGCAAUGCACCCAUUGGGCGCUAGAAGGGAUCCCUUGGUAUCCUGCUGUUUGAAUGAUUAUGACACGUGUUUGCGGCCGAGGCACCUUGCACUGGUGUUCUGUGUUUGCCAAGCAGCUUCAUAACGAGGUCGUGCGGCAUCGGGGAUACCAUGUUACUUAUGCUGGCACGCCGGUUGCGAGUUGGGGUGUUGCUAUAGUUUUGCAUAGCCUGGAUCCAUACAGACCGUAUGUGCAGAUACGAGGAUGGGAUGGUACAGGGUUUGGCGUCGGGAAGGGCUGGCGCGCGGGCAGUGGCUUGCCAUGGAUGACCAAGGGCUUGGGUCGUCGCACGUGUGCAACUCAACCUCCCGGUUACCGCAGUAUCUACAGUAUUGACUGUCAUCUUAUGUUUAAUUCGCUGGCAUUGCUGUGGCCAUGGGGUUUUGCUCCUUUGACUUAAUGACCGAGCCCUCGCUAUUCGGCUAGUGCACACACCCGUGCACAUUAGGCAAUGAGUCCACCAAACUGCGUCCCACCUGCCUUUGC